GAGCUGCCUGCACGUCUCCUGUAGUGCGUGAGAUCAUCGGAGGCAAAGAACCAAGGAGGACAUUGCCCCUGAUCAGUAUAGACUGGUCUACCUCCAGUGGCAGCUGUAGUGGCCUUUGAGUGGCUGAAGACCAGCACCCUCACAGGCCUACACCCAGACCUACCACCCUCUUUCCCCAGUCCGAGUGAGCCCCUCUGUACCUUGGUGUCUUCAGCAGGGGUGAUUCCAUGGGCCGCGUUCAGGAAGUGGGCUGGGUGACUGCAGGACUGGUGAUCUGGGCUGGCACCUGCUACUACAUUUACAAAUUAACCAAGGGAAGAGCCCAGAGUGUCAGGAGACUUGCCAGAAAUGGGUCUCGAGUCAAGAUGGAGACUGUCGUUGGGGUACAGAACCAGACCUUGGCCGUGUGUGAAGCCAUGGCUGGGACAGAGAUUGAGACUAGACCGAAAGCCGAGAGCGGAGCAGAAACUGGAGCAGGAGGUGGAUCUGGGACUGAAGUAGACACCAAGGCCACUGCUAUACCAGGUCCCAAAGUCAACACUCAGGCCAAAGCAAUGACUGGGGCAGAGGCAGAGACUCAGUGUGAGGCCGAAGUAGCGGCUGGAACACUGGUUCUCACAGAGGCAGAGACCCUGACCGAAGCCAAGGAGAAAGCCAGGGAAGUGGCCGUGAAAGAGGCAGUGACCCAAACGGAUACUGAGGCUGGGAGAGCAGUCAGGAAAGAGGCAGUGACUCAGACCAAGGCUAAGGCUGUGGCACUGGCUGCCAGGGCAGAGGCCAAGAAAGAAACAAUAAUCCAGACCAAAGCUGAAAUUCGUAUGUUGGCUGACAAGGAGACAGAGACUCACAGAGUAAUGAUGACACAGAAUGAGGCCUUGGCGGUGACCAGGGAAUUGGCCAAGAUGGGAGCCACGAACAAGACUGGAAUUGUGGCUGAGACCAAGGCAACAGCCCUAGAAGAGACUGUGGGUGUGGCUAAGACUCAGUCUGAGGCCAGGUCUGGUGGCACAGCUGAUGCUAGGGAAAAGUCCAAUGGCAUAUCCAGGGAAGUGGCUGGAGUGGACAUGCGGUCCUGUGCGCAGUCUCAGGCUGUGGCCGAGAUCCAGGAUGAUGACACCCUUGGUGCUGGGGUUGAAGACAAGGGACAUCUCAAAACCCUAUCUAGGGGAGGGGCUGGGGCAGACGCUGGGGCUUGUGCUCAACCUCAGAGUGUUGCCAAGGCCCAGGCUGAGGUCUUGCCUGAGGCAAGGAUUGAUGCUGGGAGCAAGACCAGUGCGACAUGGAAGGCAGGGGCAGGGGCAGAGAUGAGAGCUUGUGUACAACCUCAGACUGGGUUCAAGAAACACGCUGAGCUGGGGAUUGGCUCCAGGGUUGAUGACAAGGGAAACAGCAGUGUUGAAUCUAAGGCCAUGCCUGCAGCUGACGUGAGGGCUACUGCUCAGCCUCAAGGUAUAGCCAGUGCCCUGGCUGAGGCUGCGCCUGAUGCCAAGGCUAAGAGUAGAAGUAACCCAAAUGCCAGUGCUAAAGCAGGGGUCAGGAGCAACGUGAAGGCCAAUUCCCACACUGAGGCCUUGCCUGAUGCCAGGGAGAAGAAUAGAGCUAAUGCCAAUGUCAUGGAUAAGGCCGGGGCUGCGCCAGUCAUGGUAUCUUGUACACAGCCGCAAUCUGUGCCCAAUGUCAGCACCAUGUCUAAGGAAGGCACUCAGACUACGACUCCGAACCAGGGUGAAGCCUUACCCAGUACUAGAGGUAAGGGCAGUAGAGGAAAAGCCAAAACCAAAACCAGAUGUAAGGCAGGGAUUGAGACAGACGUGAAAAACUGUGCACAGCCUCAGGCUGGGAUCCAGACCCAAGCUGAGGCCUUGCCUGACUCCAAGGUCGAUGGUAGAGGGGAUUCUCAUGGCAUUUCUAAAGCAGGGGCCAAGGCAGACCAGAGGGCGUGCAGUCAGUCUCAGGCUGUGGCCAGUUCCCAGGGUGAAGCAUUGCUUGGUGCCAAGCAUAGAGUCAGGGGCAACCCCAAUGCUGUGCCUAAGGCAGGCACGGAGGAAGGUAUAACAGGCUCUGCCCAGCCUCAGUCAGUGAGCAGUUCCCAGGGUGAGCCCUUGCCUGGUUCUAAGAAUAAGGUCAAGGAAAAUUCCAGUGUUACAUCUAAGGCAGGGCCAGGGGCAGAUGCCGCAGGUUCUGCCCAGCUGCAGGUUGUGGCUAAUUCCCAGGGUGAGGCCUCACUUGGUGCCAGAAGUAAGGUCAAGGGCAAUGUCAGUUUCAAUGCUAUGUCUAAGGUGGAGGUUGGGGCAAGUAUAGUGGGCUCUUCCCAGCCACAGGCUAUGGCCAGUUCCCAGAGUGAGGUCUUGCCUGGUGCCAGGAAUAAGUUCAAAGGCAAUCCCAACGCUGUGCCUAAGGCAGAGGCUGGGGUGGGUACCGUGGGUUCUGCCCAGCCCCAGGUUGUGCUUCAUUCCCAAGGUGAGGCCUUGCCUGGUGCCAGGAGCAAGGUCAGGGGCAAUUCCAGUGCUGUGUCUAACACAGGGGCUGGGCCAGAUGCAGCGGGCUCUGCUCAGCCUCAGGCUGUGCCCAGUCCCCAGAAUGAGGCUUUGCCUACUGUCAAGAAUAAAGUCAGGAGCAAUCGCAGUGCUGUACCUAAGGCAGGGGCUAGGCCAGAUACCAUGGGCUCCGCCCAGCCUCAGGCUACAGCUAAUUCCCAGGCUAAGGCCUUACCUGGUGCCAAGAAUAAGGUUAAAGACAAUCCCAAUUCUGUGUCCAAGGCAGAGGCUGGAAAAAGUACUACAAGCUCUGCUCAGCUUCAGGUUGCAGCCGGUUCUCAAGGUGAAGCCUUGGCUGGUGCCAGGAGUAAGGUCAAGAGCAACCCUAUGUCCAAGCCAGAGGCUGGGGCAGGGACCACAGGCUUUUCCCAGUCCCAGGUCAUGACCAAUACCCAGAGUGAGGCCUUGCCUGGUGCCAGAAGUAAGGUCAGGGGCAAUCCCAGUGCUGUGCCUAAGUCUGAGCCUGGGGCAGACACAAUAGGCCCUGCCCAGCUCCAUGGUGUGGUCAGUUCCAAGAGUGAGAACCUGCUUGGUGCCAGGAAUAAGGUCAGGGGCAAUCCCAAUGCUGUGCCUAAGGCAGAGGCUGGGGCAGGUACAGCAGGUUCUGCCCAGACCCAGACUCUGGCUAAUUCUCAGGGUGAGUCCUUGCUUGGUGCCAGGAAUAAGAUCAGGAGUCAUUCCAAUGCUGCACCUAAAGCAGGGGCCAGGGCAGGUACAAGGGGCUCUGCUCAGUUCCAGGCUAUGGCCAGUUCCCAGGAUGAGGCCAUGCCUGGGGCAAGAGACAAGACUAUGGCCAGUCCUGGGGCGGACGUCACAGCAGCUGAUGAGCUUCAUGCGAAACCCGAAGUGGAGGCCGUAGCUACUUCUGAGAGUGAGGGUGGGGCAGGCGCUCAGGCCUGCAGGAAGACUCAGCCUAGCGUUCACGACUACUAUUGGAAUGGCAUUGGUGUUGAGGAUUGGAUUGCUGCUGAGCGGUGGAUCAAGUUUAGGUUUCAGGCCAUGGAUGGAGACUGGGAGAAUAGUGUGUCCUGGGCUGAUGAUGAGAAUGAAGCCAGGAUUGGGUCCUGGAGUGGGGCUGGUGAUAAGGCCGGCAUUAUUAGGCCCUGGGCCGUGGCUUGUGAUGAAGCUAGUGUUAAGUCCUGGGCUGGGGCUAGGGCUGAAAAUGAAGUCAGUAUUGGGUCCUGGGCGGGAGCUGGGGACCAGGCCAGUGGAGGGCUCUGGGUUGCAAGUCAGGCUAGUGAGGGGUCCUGGGCUGGGGUUGAGAACCAGGCCAGUGGGGGCACUUGGGUUGUCUCUGGGAACCAGGCCAUUGCAGGGUCCUGGGCUGUGGGUCAGGCCAGUGAGGCGUCUUGGGCUGGGUGCCAGGCUACAGGGGUGUCCUGGGCUGGGGAAGUGGCCAUUGGAGGAUCCUGGACUGGGGUCGAGAACCAGGCCAGUGGAGGGACCUGGGCUGGGGCUAGCACUGGGAAUAUGGUUAGCGUUGGGUACUGGGCUGGGGCUGUGGACCAGUCUAGUGGAGGGUCCUGGGUUGGGACUGGGGAUCAGUCUGUUGGAGGGUCCAAGCCCAUGUUUGAGAAUCAGGCCAGUGAAAAAGGGCCCUGGGCUGUGGUUGGUGGCCAGGCCAGUGGAGGGUCCAGGUUGGGGCCUGUAGACCAGACCAGUAGUGUGGUCUGGCCUGACACUGGGAACCAGGCUGGUGGAGGGGCCUGGGCUGAGACUAGUGAGCAGUCCGGUGCUGAGUCUAAGCCUGGAUUUGAGAAUCAGGCCAGUGAAGAAGGUUCUUGGUCUGGGGCUGGUGGCCAGGCUGCUGGAGGGUCUAAGUCGGGACCAGAGGAUCAGUCCAGUGGAAAGUCCUGGGCAAACUCUGGGGACCAAAUCAGUGGAGGGUUCUUGGCUGCGGCUGUAGACCAGGCCACUGGAGGGUCCCAGGCUGGGACUGAGGAUUUGGCUGCUGGUGGGGCACAGCCUAUGUUUGAGGAUCAGGCCAAUGGAGGAGGAGCCUGGCCUGAUGCUAGAGACCAGACUGGUGUAGAAUCUAGGCUUGGUCCCAACCCAGUGGACCAGCCCAGUGGAAAUUCCUGGGCUGGCACUGGGGACCAGGCCAGUGGAUGGUUCUGUGCUUACACUGGGAGUCAGACCAAUGGAGGAGGGCCUUGGGGUGAGGCUGCUGGCCAGGAUGCUGGAGGAUCUAGGCUGGGGCCCACAAACCAGUCUAGUGGUGGGUCCUGGGCUGGUAUUGGGGGUCAAGUCAGUGGAGGAUCCUGGACUGCGAAUCAGGCUGGUGGCUGUUCCAAAUCUGAAUUUGAGGAUCAGGCCAUUGCCGUAGGGUUCUGGGCUGGUACUGGGAAUCAGGCUGGUGGAGGAUCCAGGCCAGGGCCUGAGGAUCAGUCCAGUGGAGGAGAUCCCUGGGCUGGGGCUGGUGGCCAGGUCAUUGGAGGGUCUAGGCCAGGGCCUGCAGAUCAGUCUAAUGGUGGAUUCUGGAUUGGUACUGGGGAUCAGAUCAGUGGGACAUCUUGGGCCGGGGCUGGGGGCCAGGCCAAUGGAGAAUCCUGGGCUGGAUCUAGGCCCGGGAAUGAGACCAGUGGAGAGUCUAGGUUAGGAACUGAGGAGCAGGCCAGUGGAGGGUCCUGGGACAGAUCUCAGGACCAGACGAGUGGAAGGUUCCUGGUCAGUGCUGAGGUGGAGGCCAAUGAAGGAUUCUGGUUUGGGCCCGGGAGUGAGGCUCUUAUAGGAACUUGGUGCUGGACAGGAGAAGGGGCUAUUAUUGUGCCUAGAUCUGAUAUUAAGGAUGGGGCCAGUUCUGAAUCUAGAUCAGGCACUGGGGAAGAGGCCAUCACCAGUUCUAGGUUUGACGCUGAGAAUAAGGCCAGUCUUGGGUCCUGGAUCAGCUCUGAGGGGGCAGCUUUUAUCAGUUCCUGUGUGGAGGCUGAGGCCGGAGCUGGAGCUGUGGCUGGCGCUCUGUCUGGGGCUGCAGCUGGGGUUGGGGCUAGGGCUGAGGCUGGAGCUGUGGCUGGCGCUCUGUCUGGGGCUGCAGCUGGGGUUGGGGCUAGGGCUGAGGCUGGAGCUGUGGCUGGAGCAGAGGCCAGGAUAUGGUCUUGGUCUUGGGAUAGAGAUGUAACCACUAAAAGAUCUAGCCUUGGGGCUGGGGAAGAGACUGGCACAGGGUCCUGGACUUGGGCUAGGCAUUUAGAUGAAGAUGAGCUAAGUGGAUCUUCCAGCCCUGAUAUUGAGGAGAUCAGUUUAAGGUCUUUGUUUUGGGCUGAGAGUGAGAACAGUAAUGAGUGCAGAUCUAAGAGUGAGAAAGAUGUCGAUUUUGAGUCUGCAAUUGAGGCUAAGGCCAUCGUCGAUGACAAGUUUGAAGUUGCUGACGGUGUUGAUAUAAGAUCUUGGUUCUGUACUGGUGAUGAAACUGGAAGUGAGGACAAAUCCACAUCUAAGGCUAAAGCCAAAAAGUCAGCUGAGUCAAGAGGCACGUAUCCAUCCAUGGUCCCUGGGGCAGGAAUGGGGUCAUGGGAUGGAGCUGUGAUCUGGUCGGAAAUGAAAUUUUCACACCAAUACGAGGCCAGCCUCCUAGCUGAAGAUGAGUUCAGAAAGCAGAGCAAGCCUGGGGAGAAAAUUCGGCCCUGGUCCUGCCGCUGUAAACGUGAAGCUAAUAUGGAUCCACGAGACCUUGAAAAACUCAUUUGCAUGAUUGAGAUGACCGAAGACCCUUCCGUCCAUGAAAUAGCCAAUAAUGCUCUGUAUAACAGUGCCGAUUAUCCAUAUUCCCACGAAGUUGUUCGUAAUGUUGGUGGAAUCUCAGUUAUUGAAGGCUUGCUCAAUAAUCCAUACCCCAGUGUUAGGCAGAAGGCUUUAAAUGCAUUGAAUAAUAUCUCAGUGGCUGCUGAAAACCAUAGGAAGGUUAAAACGUACUUAAACCAAGUAUGUGAAGACACAGUCACCUAUCCCUUGAACUCAAACGUGCAGCUGGCUGGACUAAGACUGAUAAGGCACCUGACUAUUACUAGUGAAUAUCAGCAUAUGGUUACAAAUUAUAUUUCAGAAUUUCUUCGUUUGUUAACUGUGGGAAGUGGAGAAACGAAAGACCAUGUUUUGGGAAUGCUUGUGAACUUCUCCAAAAAUCCAUCUAUGACAAAGGACUUGCUCAUUGCUAAUGCACCAACAGCACUAAUUAACAUUUUUAGCAAGAAAGAGACAAAAGAGAAUAUCCUUAAUGCUCUUUCAUUAUUUGAAAAUAUAAAUUACCAUUUUAAAAGAAGGUCAAAAGUGUUUACUCAAGACAAAUUCAGUAAAAAUUCCCUUUAUUUCCUAUUCCAACGACCCAAAGCAUGUGCCAAGAAGCUUCGACUUUUAGCGGCAGAAUGCAAUGACCCCGAGGUGAAAGAAAGAGUUGAAAUAUUGAUAAGUAAACUCUGAUUGGCUUUGUGUGCUCAAAUUUGAAUGAUAUUUUGGUUUUACAGCCAGAAAUGAUGCACAUUGUAAACUGCAUUAUAACUUCAAAACUGAUGUUACCUAUGAUGGUCUAUAGCCAGACCAUUUUAAUGAACACCAAAUGAAUUCAAACUUGUACUGAAAAUACAUGUGUUGAUUUUUAUCUUGUCUGGAUUGAGAUAUUUUUAGUAUGCUUCAUGAGCAGAGCUGAACUGAUUCUUUAUAAAUAAGGUAAUCUUUGGUCCUUUGUGUGGACUUAUGUUUAUACAUUUGAGAUUUUAUUUUUAUGUCAUCAAUAAAGUUGUGUGUUUUAA